CAUUCAAUUCUCUCUCUCUCUCUCUCUCAACUUUUGCCUCUUUCAUAAAACUUUUGUCCCCAAUUUCCCUUUUGCAGAACUUUCUUCAUCAAACCGCAAUGCCCCAAAUGAUACUGAAAUGACCCAUUUCUUGUUAUACCAUUAUUUUCAUCUCUUCCAAUUUCAACUACUUUUACAACCACCAUCUUCAUGUUUAUUGAAAGAUCUGAGAAAACCAAUCAAAACCCAUAUACAAUUUAUAGCUUUUGAUGGAUCUAGUGAGCAAACAAGCUCUCUCUCCCAUCAAAAGCCCUCCAAGCUCAAUCUUUGGCUCACCUAUACACUCUUCCAACACCAGUUUUCCCAUUCUCUUCGUCGCGAUCAUCGGCAUUUUAGCCACUGCUUUCUUAUUAGUAAGCUACUAUAUAUUUGUGAUCAAGUGUUGCCUGAAUUGGCAUCGAAUAGAUCUUUUGAGUCGCUUUUCUUUCUCAAGAAAUCGUCGUAGCGACCCAAUUGGCCUAUACUCUCCUACGGUACAACGAAGAGGACUCGAAGAGUCAGUGAUUCAAGCCAUCCCAAUACUUCAAUUCAAGAAAGGAGAUCAAGAAAAUGGGUUGAGAGAGAAAAGUUUCAGCGAAUGCUCAGUUUGUUUGAAUGAUUUCCAAGAAGAAGAGAAAGUAAGAGCUAUACCAAACUGUGGACAUGUGUUUCAUGUUGAUUGUAUUGAUGUUUGGCUUCAAAGCAAUGUCAAUUGCCCACUUUGUAGAACAAGCAUUUCAACAUCAACAACCCUAGAUAAUCAAUUUGUUGCUCCGAGCUCGUCUCCUCAAAUCCCUGAUCCAAACACGGGUAAUAAUAAUAAUCAUCGCUUAGGCAGUGAUGAAGACUAUGUGGUGAUUGAGUUGAGAGGAGAGAGAGAGAAUUCUACUGAUCAGACAUUGCUUGGAGUGCAAGAAAGAUUGAAUAAUUCUCCAAGAAAGUUUGAAAAGAAAGUGAGAAGGUUGAAUCAUGUUUUGAGCAAGGGGGAUGAAUGUAUAGAUAUAAGAGAGAAAGAUGAUCAAUUUUCUGUGCAACCCAUUAGAAGAUCUUUUUCAAUGGACUCAGCUUGUGAUAGACAACUAUGUUUGGCAGUUCAAGAGAUUGUAGAACAGAAUAGGAAUGUCAAUGAGGUCAACAAUGUUAGUGAAGGUUGUAGUAGCAGAGUUAGAAGAUCAUUCUUUCCCUUUGCAAAUGGAAGGGGAUCAAGAAGUGCAGUUCUACCAAUUCAGCUGGACUCAUAGACUUCUUUUUUUUCUUUUUUUUUUCUUUACCAAUAAUUAUUUUUCUUUGUGAGGGUGGAUCUUGGCGUAGCAAUAAGGUUGCUCUAGAUUGUCGAUUGAAACUGCCCUUUUUAAUUAUUAUUAUUAUUUUUUUUUUUACGGUGGGAGGGUACUAUUUUGAUAGAGGUAGGGGUUUAGAUUUUGCUGUAGAUGAUAGUAGAUAGUUUGUGACAAAAGCAAAUUCAAUUCUAUUUGAAGAUCUUCAUAGAAAUAUUUUUA